AUGCGUACUCUUCAACAACUCGCCAGCGACGAAGAGCAGCGAUAUCCUAUAGGAGCAUCCGUUAUCCGCAGCGACGUCUAUAUGGAUGACGUCCUCACAGGUGCCGCCAGCUUCGAUGAGGAGCUUCAACGCCAGCUGAAGCAGGACUCUGCACGGCGGGCGGCUUCCCUCUACGGAAAUGGUCGGCGAACGAGUCUUCUAUACGUGCGGAAGUGCCUAUCGAACAUCAAAUGCAACGCGAGCCUCGGGCCUGGCGACCACACGAAACCCACGCCACACUCGGAUUUCAAUGCGCGACUCUUCGACCCGCUAGGAUGGCUGACGCCCGCUGUUGUGAACUGUAAAAUCGCCUUUCAGGCUACCUGGUUGCAAGGCAUCGACUGGGACGACCCCCUCGACGAAGCAUCCGCCAAACGGUGGCAAGAUUAUCAAAACGAGCUUCCCCUGCUAGAACAAAUCCGGAUACCUCGGUGGAUCGGCCCGCGCUCGCUCGAUGGCGAGGCUGAGCUCCACGGGUUCGCCGACGCUUCCGAGCGUGCCUAUGCUGCCGUCAUUUACCUGAGGACCGAAAUCAACAAUGAGUGGCACACUUUCUUGAUAGCCGCUGAAACUAAAGUCGCUCCUAUUCGACAGAUUACUCUACCUCGUCUAGAACUCAGCGCUGCCGCUCUCUUCGCCCGGCUUGCUGCCCACGUUCGGACAACGCUCUACUUAUCGAAGACCCCAAUGCACCUGUGGUCGGACUUCACGGUCGCUCUAGGUUGGAUACGGGGACAUCCCUCACGCCGGAAGAAUUAUGUCGCCAACCGCGUGGCCAAAAUCCAGACUACUGUUCCCGGCGCUCUAUGGCACCACAUCCCUGGACGGGAUAAUCCAGCUGACUUCGCCUCACGAGGACUUUCUCCUGGUGAACUGGUAAAUCAUCAUCUAUGGUGGCAAGGACUCCCGUGGUUCCAGCUUGGGGAAUCUUCUUGGCCCGUUUCAAGCGGGCUGGUUACUUAUGAGAAUCUGCUCGAAGAACGAACCCGCGUUCAUGUGGCCGAAGCUCAGCCUUCGUCUGGCGAAGAACCCGCUGAGUUGCUGCGGUUCUCUUCCUACCAUCGACUGCUGCGUGUGACAGCGUGGUGCCGACGAUGGCUCCCGCAACGAGGAAAUGCCGGUCCAGCGGCGGACGAGGCUGAGCAACUCUCCGGUAAUGUUUUAUCGACAGCAGCGCUGGAGGACGCACGCCUAUUGUGGCUCCGGCUGGUCCAAUCUACCAAGUACAAGGACGAACUAAAGGCCAUACGAAAGGGCCGCGGACCGGGUAAAUCUAGUCCACUUAUAAGACUCAGUCCUUUUCUAGAUCGCCAGGGCAUCCUCCGCGUCGGAGGACGUCUCAAGCACGCCAUCCUGGAUUACGAUGAGCGCCACCCCAUCAUCCUGCCUAGCGAGUCGACGUUCAGUCGAUUAAUAGUCGAGGCGUGCCACCGGCGCUGCACGGCGGAGUACAGAUGA